CCCGCUGUGAGGAGCGCCGGCUUUGACCCCAACCCAGUCUGGUUUUCUUUGCAGAACAUGGAUCAUGGGAGAGCUUGGGGGUAUCUGACCUUCAGAGGCAAAACCGAAGAAGAAGUGAGAGAGAUUGACAAAGUCAUGUACCAUGACUGGCGAAUGGUGCCCAAGCACGAGGAGGAAGCCUUCAAGAAAUUCACCCCAGUGCCAGAAGAGACCAUUCGGUACCUUCCAUACCCACCUCUGCUCCGAGCCAUGAUUCUUGCUCAGUGGCAGAAAGAGGGAAAACCAAUCACAGAGGAGCCGAUGAUUGAUCUAGAGAAGGUCAUGGCCUCUCGCCUUAAGGUCGCGAAGAAAAAAGCUACAGGGACACCAGUAUAAAGACUUAUUGUGUGACUUGAGCUUCCCACACACUCUUGCUGUGUGUUAGAAGCACGUCACCUUCUUACAGAAGGUACGUCUGCCCACUGUGGUAUGGUGCAUCCAGGUUUUUUCACUUCAUUUUCUCCCCAGGACCGUACAGUGACCUCAUCCAAAAGGAAAGAUGCAGAAACAUGCAGAUUUUUUUCAUAACUUCAGUCCCUCACCAGAGGGACCUUCUUGGUUCUCUAUAUAGUCUCGGAACGCAGAGCUCAGUGUAGCUCAUUCAGCUACAAUUCUUUGGAGCACAGUUCCCUUUAGAGUCAAAAAAAAAAAAACCCACAUACCUCUUUUUUUUUUUUUGUUUAGGACACUUGCCUGUUAAUUUAGGUCCUAAUUAAAUCGCAGAAAGCGAAUAUAAGGAUAUCACCUUAUUUCACAGAGCUGUGUGCAAACCUAGCAGAAUGAGUUCUUACAUCUGUAGCAUACUUCUAAGAAAUUAGCUUGAUCAUCAUGAUGGUUGGUUGAGGUUCGAGUGCAGAGCUGUUAUCUUAUCAGAUCCCUCCUAACCAGUGCAGAUUCGUCUGGGUUACAUAUGAUGGCAGUGAACAAAAUGGAAGGAACACAACUUGACUUUAGUUAGUAAGCUUCGUUCCCAGAGAUGGCCGUCAGGAGAGGAGAGAAACUGAUUCUAGUGAUGUGAGGUAGGUAGGAUUAUUAUUUGAAGCCGAUAGCAAACUACUACUGUUUUAGUGGAAUAUGUUGUGGUGAAAGUUACAAGAAUGUAACUCCUUAGUGCAGCCCCUAGAGUUGCCCUUGGGUUAGUCACUUUGAUACUUGUUUUUAUUACACCAUGCCACUGGGGGAGAUUUCUGCAAGGCGUCUCCCUGGACCUUAGCCAGAGUAAGCAAAUUGCAUAGCUGGAAAACAGAGACAUUUGAUUGUAAAAGAAAGGCUUGAGUUCUGUAUACAUGAUAACAGAGACACAGGAAAUGUAAAAUCACCAAUGAACAAAAUAGGAUUUUUCCUAUCUGCCAAAAAAAUGAAGGAACGAGGAAAGAAUGCACUGCCUUAGCACUCACUGAUGUGACCCUGUGCUUGAGACGGGCUUUUCACCUUAGCUACACUGAACUGAGAAUAUAUUUUUGAUACUGCUACACCCAGUUGCUUUAAUGGAAGCAGUUCUGGAUGGGGUUUUCCCUAUGUUACUGUACCAUGCAGUGGCUUUGCAGGGGAACCCCAAACAUCCUGACGGAGAACAUGAUGUGCUUCUAUUAAAUCAUAGAGGUACAAAUAGCACAGGGUUACAGAUGGGAGACCUGGAGGCAAAGGCACAUUUGGGCUUCACAGCUAAGUCACUGAGGGGCUUAGCUGAUACAGCUCUGCUAAGGGCAUGCUUUCUGUGGAGUGAAAAAAUGAAUGUAAAGCAACAGUGCCAAUAAAACCCCUUUCUCCUCUUG